AUGGCCGACUCACAAUUUGAGGUGAAAGUGAUUCCAACCAAAGAGGAGUAUGCUCGUCUGGUCGAAGUCCUAUGGGCUGCCAAUUUCAAUCCUUACAACCCCAUCUUUACCGCCGUCCACCCAAUCAGUGGCCACACCCCCGAAGACCGCGCUCGCGACAAAGCCCUUGACACCGAAGUCCGCUGGAACGCCAGCCAAAAGAGCCCAUUCUCCCAUUUAAUCUACGUCAUCGACAAAGCAACAGGCGAAGUAGCCGGUGGCUGUGAAUGGUUCAUUUUUCGCGAAAACCCGUUCCCCAACGGGCCGCAACCCAUAAAAUGCACCUGGUACCCGGAAGGCACGGAGCGUGCCGAGUACGCAGAGCGCAUGCUCUCACAGGCCUUUUUUCCACGGCAGUGUUGGUUUCAGCGCCCGCAUGCGGGUGUCAAUGCAAUGGGUGUUCACCCGAAUUAUCGCCGUCGUGGGGUCGGACGACUUCUCAUGGAGUGGGGUCAUGAGAGGAUCGAUCCCCUUGGCUAUGAGAGCUUUAUCGAAGGCAGUCCGAUUGGACGCUGGCUGUAUGAGGAAUACGGGUAUCGAAGAGUCAUGGGGCUUCAUAUUGAUUUUGAUGAGCCAAAUCCGAGUGAUGAGUGGUCCAGGCUAGUGCAUGAGUGUAAGCCGCCGGGAAUUUUGCUGCUUUGGAGGCCGCCGCGAGGGGAAUGGACGGAGAAGGUGCCCCCCGGUCCAUGGGCUGUUACUGAUCUGACCUUCAAGUAG